GUCAGGAUUUGUGUCAGAGAAGCAGAGGUGGCUGGUUCCUCUUCCCCACCGAAGCUCGGAUUGAACUCCGGAACUGGUUCUGAGAAGGCCGCUUCCUCAACGAGUAGGGGGUGGGAGUUGUUUUCUUUCUUUCCGCAGCAAGCCUGGUGGGGCGCAUGGCGUCGAUAGGCAUGCCCGACCCGAGCUUCUUGUGGGGAGUCUUCCAAAGGGUUGAUAAAGACCGUAGCGGUAUCAUCUCCGACACCGAGCUCCAACAAGCACUUUCAAACGGAACAUGGACUCCAUUUAAUCCGGCAACUGUAAGAUCUAUUCUAUCUAUGUUUGACAGAGAAAACAAAGGUGGUGUAAACUUCAAUGAAUUUACAGGAGUCUGGAAAUACAUCUCUGAUUGGCAGAACGUUUUUCGCAGAUAUGAUAGAGACAACUCUGGAAUGAUUGACAAACAUGAAUUAAAGCAAGCCCUAACAGGUUUUGGAUACCGACUGACUGACCAGUUCUACGAUCUCUUGAUUCAGAAAUUUGAUAGGCAAAGAAGAGGGCAAGUGGCUUUUGAUGACUUCAUUCAGUGCUGUGUUGUACUGCAGAAAUGGACAGAUGUCUUCAGACGCUAUGAUACUGAUCAGGACGGCUGGAUACAAGUGUCUUAUGAACAAUAUCUUUCUAUGGUUUUCACUGUUGUAUGACAGUAAAUAUUGUAUAUGAUUGAGGAAUAGAACUUGCAUACAGGUAGUCUUGACUUACAGCCACAAUUGAGCCAAAAUUUCUGUUGCUAGGCAAGGCAGUUAUUAAGUGAGUUCCCCAUUUUUGCCUUUUUUGCAGUCAUUGAGGUUGUUAAGUGAAUCCCCCCACAUACUGACUUUUCUUGUCGGAAGCCAGCUGGGAAGGUUACAAAUGGCCAUCACAUGACAAUGCAGCUGUCUUAAAUACAUGCCAAGUGCCCAGAUUUUGUCUCAUGAUCAUGGAGAUGCUGCAAAAGUUGUAAGUUUGAAAAAUGGACAUGUCACUUUUUUCUGUGCAGCUAUAACUACAAACAGUCACUAAACAAAUGGUUGUAAGUCAAGAAACACACCUGUAAAAGAAAAAUAGAUUUCUUUUCUCCAUACAGCACAAUUAGUUUAGAAAUACAUUGCUUAAAGAUUAUGUUUCUCAUUGCAAAAGGUGCUAUAGCUACAAGAUUCUGCAUUGUAUCAUGUAUAUUUUAUUGCUGGAAGUAAUCUUUAAACGCGAAACAGUAGAAUUCUUGUUCAGAUUUGCACACUAUUGCAUAUAUCUUUUUAAAAUAGAAAACAGAAAAUAAAUGAAACUUUUAUCUGUGUCUUCACAGAAAUAAUAACCUUAAAUAUGCCAGAUGUCAAGAUAACUUAUUUGUAUUUUUCUCCCAUUUAGAUUAGGUUUCAUCUGCUUGUACCAUUUAUCUUUUUUUUUAAAAAAUUGUUACUCUUCUUCCUGGGAUUUUUUAAUUCUGGGUAAGCAGAAUUUAAGAGAUUUAUUAUUAAAGCUGAAUAUUUCUUCUUUUUCCUUAUUUUUGGGUGUAAUUAAAAUGUUUUCUGCCUUUCCUCUCUGGCUUGGAGUUAUAACUGGAUAUGAAUACACGCCUGCAGUCUUCUAUGUAUAAAAUGUUUUCUAACUAAGCAUUUUACAACCUUGGGUGGAGUUUUACCUUCAGUAGUUACUGUGCUUAGGAUGUGCUGCCAGCCUAAAUAAUACCUUUCUACAUGCACUAAGAUCUACUCUACUCUGGCCACAGAAGGGCUGCAGUUUCAACCGUGUCUAAUUUACUAUUCCAUUUACUAGUUUACUAUUCUGCAUCAGGAGCCCAUCUUUUGUAUGGCAAGUAACCAUUUACUUUCUCUAUGUUAAAUCACAAAACACAAAUCUUACUGAAACAAAUUUUAUUCUUUUAAAUUUCAUGGAAGAGUAUUGGUCUUGAUUUACAUGGCAAAUGAAAACCCUAAAUAAUAGAACUGAUAGCCUCAUUUAAAAUAUAUUGAUAUAUAUAUUUCCAAUGGUGUUGACUUAAUGCCAUUAAAUCAAAAUUACAAAUAAAAACAGUAACUAGAACAGAGUUAAAAAUGUGUCUCCCCCACUCUUCUCAAUUAUCAUGUUAAUGGUAUAUUUCAGAAAUACUAAGCACUGUAAUAAACUAUUUUAAACUG